AUGCAAGGCUUUAAACUCAGCUCGGGACCUGUCGAUGAACGGUUUGCAUUUUCAAUUUUUCUAUUGAUUAGUAUAUUAGAAUCUUUAAUUAAGCUCUUAGGGCAUUGAAACUUUGUAGUUUUGAGAUUUUUUUAAAAAAAGUUUUUUAAGAGAAAUCUUAUUUAGGGGCCCUAACUCAACUCUUACGGGGCCCCGAAAAAUCUGCUUUUAGGGGCCCCCUAUAGGGGGUAGGAUCAAAUUUUCACUGGGAUUCUCUUCUUUUCGAUUUCUUUCCAGCGUCGUUUUAUGAAAGGAUAGAUAAAAAAAGAUGCAAAAUUGAAUUAAAAAAAUGAGAUAUUUUUUUAGAAAGAACCUUUUUGUUUUUGCCCGAGUAUAUUCUUAUAUGGAAAGAUAGCUAAUUUUAGACUGUGAAUCUCGAAUUUUCCAGUGCAAAUAUAUAGCCCAUACCGCGUCAGCUUGUCACGUUUUUUUGUGUUUUUGACCAAACUUCGCUUCGAGACCUUUUUUUGUCUAUUCGCAGAUUUGUGGAGCAAAAGUGCAAAACAAAAAAACUGUAUUUUUCGAUAAAUUUUUUUCUUCUUCUUGAUACUUGUCUGUCUCGCGCGGUAAGGACUAUAAUCGUCAUUUCAAAAAAAUCUUUGCCAAAAGAUUUUUAAGGCGCAGAAGCCUUGCGCUACCCAAAAAUUUUUGACGGAAAGCUUGUUGAAUUUUUUUCUUUUUUUGCCUUGCAAAAUUCGAUGAUAAACCGUUGAGUAAAUUUGAGUUGAACUGAAUAAUAUUCCCAAACGGAGUUUUCUGUCAGUUGUUUUUCAAUUUCAUCAUGAACUGAAUCAUAUGUUAUCAUAUAAAAUAAAGUAUCAUUUUUGUAAAGUUCAACCAAUUUUUCCUUUCACUGAAUAUUUCUGGAGUAACGAUUUUUCAGAGUUUUACUAAAAAAAAACGGAAAAAAACUCAAAUUUUUCUAGAACCCGAUUUUUAUUUUUUUGCACAUAACUUAUCUUUUUUCCUUUUUAAUAAUAAAGAAUCUAGGAAGAACAGUGUUAAAAUUGAGCUUUUCUUUUCUAAUUCAUGUGAAACUUAUAACUUACAGGAAAUAGCGUUUUCAUUUCUAGCUUUGUCAGCUUGUUUGAAAUUUCUUGUUAUGGGGUUUUUGAGAUUGUUAUGUCCUCAAAAAAAGCUCUUCUUCUCGAAAUUCAUUCUUUUUGAGCAUAUAUUCUCCGUUAAACCCUCCAGAUUUCAAAUAUUAUAGGACUUUUUAACUCGAAACUUCUUAAAAAAAUUCCCAGUCUAUUAAAAAAAGAAAGUUUAGAUACCGUUAUUUGUUUGAAAAACGACGGGGUGACGACGAUUUGAAAGGCGCGUUUCCGAUGGAACGGAGGGAAGGAAGUUCGAAUAGUUAUAGACAGUCUUUGGACCCUCUGAAUCCUCCCAAAGGUUGAAAAUUAAAUAUUUCUUCCUGUUUCAAAAUAUUUUUCACAGAUAUUGAUGAUGAACCCGAUCGGAAAAGACACAAAGGUGACCGGGAGAAGAAGAAAAAGAAAAAGGACAAGAAAAAGAGGGAAAAGGUCGGUUUUGUGAUAAUUUUCGAUGUUUUCAACAAUAAUAUAAGGAGGAGGAACGGCGAAGGAGUGAAACGACUGGCGGCAAAGCUUGACUUCUUGGUUAGGAUUUUGGAAAUUCGUGAGUUUUUUUCUAUUCCUAAUAAUUUUUUUCAGCAAUUUUUUUCGGAAUAACUUUCUGAGAAUAUUAUAAAAUCUAUUAUCAAGGUUCACACCUAAUCCUUGAAAGUUUUAGAAGAUAUAGUACUGAAAUGAAAAAAAUUCCAGUGAAUAAUUAUCAUCAGAUAGAUGAAAUUUGGUUUUUUUCCGACUUUCCAAUCGAAUUUUUCCUGAUCUUUUUUUCGAUUUAGCAGUCCGUUUUUGAAAAAAAUUCGUAGAAAUGCUGUUGACCAAUCUUUGCAAGGAGUUUUGCCAAUUUUUUUCUGGUCUUCUCGAAAAAAAUUUUUAUGAGUAAUUUUUUUCCAUACUAAAAAGAGACUGAAUUGAAUUUUUUUAGUAGAAAGUUUCUAAAAAAAGAGAAAAAAAUUUUUUUGCCUAUUUUUGAAAUAAAAACUGAUAGUCAUUUCAAAAAAACCUUUCCAAAUAAUCAGAAAAACGCCCGGUAAAUUAAUUUUUUUAUAAAAUUCAGAUCUUCGACGGGUCCUUGGAAAAAGCCGACAUGAUAGUCUUUGGAACUUCAAUUUGCCGAUUUUUUUGAACGAAAUUCGUUCUUUUUCUGUUUGUAUAUUUUAUGGAAACUGUCUCGAAUAAAAAUAUUUCUCAUUUGAUUUUUUUAUCUUGAGUCAUUUAUCAAAAGUUUUUCAGACGCUUCAAAUUACUUUGAAAUUCGAUGAAGCCAUAAAAAGAGCAAAUUUAAAGCUUUACUAUUUGUGUAAUUCUGAAGUCACAUUCGAAAAUUGCCUUCGGAACAAUUUAUUUCUGAUUUUUUACAUUGCAAGGUAAGUGGAUUAAUAGGAUUUUGCAUUUAAUUUUUAAAAAAUGUACUCUAAAAAUAUUUCACGGAACAAUUUUUUUCCCCAUACCAAUAUCAAGUUUCAAUGUUUUUUUAUUUGCUCGAAGGUUUAAAAUUAUAAAAUUAGAAAAAAAGUUAUACUAAAAAAACAUUUUUUUGGAGUUUUUUUAAACGGCUUAGAUUCAGAAAUCCUACGCUUUUUCUCAAUAAAUUUGUUUUUAUAAUUUUUAGAAAAAUUGUUGAAAAUGGUUUUUUAAACUGUCCUUUAUGUAAUUUUUCAAAAGUUCACUAGUCUUUCAUGACCAAAAAUAAAUCGGAAAGAAACUUUUUGCUCCCUAAAAUUCUGUAACUUCCAUGUUACUCUAGAAAAAGUACUAAAAAAGCUUUUGAAAACUGGAAAAGAACAUUUAAACUCAGAUCCUUUUUAAUGGAAGAAAGGCGUUUCGGGGAACAGAUCCCGGCGUCGGACGUCGUCCAGACGCCGAACUCUGAAGACGACGUCGGAAAUCUGCUCGAAUGGAUGAGAAACGACGAAAUCGGGCACGACGCCACCCUUGAAUCGCCUUUUGGCGAUCGGCAGAGUUAGAACUUUUAUUUUUUCGUUAGCCGAGAAAUAUGUGUAGUUUUCUUCAGAUUUACCAAAAAUCACGAGAUUCAGUCUUUGUAAGAGCUCAUAAUUUUAGCCCUAAUUGAGAUAUUUCACUUUUUAUUUUUAUAUUUCUUGUGGAAGAUGUCAAGUUUUGAUAAUGCCAAGAAUUUAAUGGCUCAACAAAAUUUCGGAAUGUUGAAAACUGAAAAGAGGCGAAAUUAACUAGUGAAAGGCAAGUCGAAGAAAGAUAAGGCUCUCAAGUUUGCGUUAUAAUUUUUUUUAGGUUUCAGUUUUUGGUAUUAGAGCGUUGAAAAUAUAUUUCUCAAACAUGUCAGUACUUUUUGUGAAGUUAGGUGAGCAAAAAAGAUAAAAAGACAUCCAGAAAAGUUACCGAAAAAUUAUUUUAUUUUUUUAAAUCUUAAAGCUUGUUUUCACUGACGUUUACUGACAUUUAGACUAGUUUACUAGGUUUUUUUUUGCAAGGAAUAUUUCUCCUUGAAUACCAAAACUAUCUCUGACUCUCCAGAGUUUCGUUAUCUUUUCGCUUCUCUGAUCGUUAUUUUGAAAAUCGCGGAAUAAUUUUGAACACGGCACGAUAUUUGAUUAUUUGCAGUAGUCUACUGCGACUACACGGCGAGCGCUCGAGCCUUCAAAUCCAUCGAAAAUUACAUUCAAACGGUUUUUCUUGAUUACUUUUACUAUUCAAGGCUAAAUUUCAGGAAGUUUUGCCCUUUUAUGGGAAUACUCAUAGUUCAGUUACGGUCACCGCUGAGCAGACUACACUUUUCAUGCAUGAAGCUAGGUUUUUUUGGCUGGGAUCAUGUAGAAACUUAUUGAAAGUGAACUUUCAAGACAAGAAAUUCGGGCGAUGACUGGCGCCGGCGACCUGGACGACGUCAUAUUUCACUGGGAAGCGGCGCCACAGCCGCCGUCGAACUUUUGACUCACCUGAUUUGCGAUGAAGCGCAGAAGCCCUUGGUAAGAAUCGAAAAUUCAGAGAAAAGCUCUGAUCUAAGAGUUUUGAGAUUUUUUUAAUGUUCAGAAAAAAAUCCUCCCAAUUAUUUUUCUUGAAAACGAUACUGAAAACUAUACAUUGAUGGUAAAGGAAAAAUUUUUACGAAAUAAGAGAAGAACUCGAAAUUUAAAAAACCCGAUAUCAUCGUCUCGAGAAGCAAAAUUAAAAAAAAAGCGGAAAAUGGUUUUUCUUCGCUACCGAUUUUUUUCACGAGCAGUCCGCAGACACGCUAUAACAUCGCGCGCAAUUUUGCGGACUUCAACGUCUUUUCGCAAAUUUCUUCAUUUUUACUUUCGUUGUUUUGAACUCAAAAUUAAGAUUACUCUUUGAAGGUGGUGGUUCAUUCGAUCCACGAACAUCAUUCAAACCUUCUCCCAUGGCGACAUCGGGCUGAAAAAUGUUACGUUGUUGAUGAACAGGAGAAUGGAGACGUUGAUCUUGGUUCAUUUAUUCAUAAUAUUUCAACGAUUAAGUUCUCUUUUUGUAGAGUCUUUGGAGAGGAAUCUCAAACUUGCUGUAGAAAAUCAUGCAGAAGCUUUGAUUGUCGGAGCCUUCACUGCAUGUUCAAACGUCACUGGAGUUCUUAUAAACGUCGAAAAUGUCACCAAGACGUUGAAAAAGUUGGUUUUGCGCUGCUUAGGAACUCCAGAGUGGUCCCCUAUAGGGUCGAGCUUUUUGGCCCAGGAAGGUUCCCUAUAGGGACCACCUAACCUUGGCCUACAGUCUUUACUAAAGCUUGCAAAAGUGUACCCUAUAGGGGUCAUUUUAGUGGCCCCUUUAGGGGAGCAUUUGUCGUUUAUUGUUGCAAUAUCUAGUGAGAAGCGUUCCAUGACGGAAAAUCAAUAAGUUGCGCUUUUUGAAAGAAAAAAAUAAACAGAGCUUCGAUUUUUAUUGAAAACUUCUUUUUAAUUUUCAAACUAGACAAAAAAAUUGAAAGACCCUACAAGGAUCAUUUAAGGUUAUCGAGCACAUUAGUCGGAUUGUAAGCCCCUAUAGGGACCACUCAAAAAUUUAGUUAGAUCAUCUUUUCUUACAGCCUUUUCUAGAAGCAAGAUAUUUUCUUAAAAGUAUUGCAGAUGGAAAAAUUUUUUUGGGCUUUAAUUUUUUUCAUUUUUUUGUGUCCCAUAUUCAUCAUGGGAAACUGUUUUUUUAUACUUAAAAUUUUGGCUUUUAAUCUAUGAAAAGGUUUCGAAAAACUUUUUAUAAUAUCAAUUUUUUUGUCUGUAAUCCGGCAAGCUUUUUGUGCAUUUUUCUUUUUCGAACUUGUUUUUAUUUUUUUUUUUCUGUGAAGGUUCGGCGCGUUAUCCGUGUGGGAUUACGCUUCGGCGGCCCCUUACGUCGAAAUUCAAGUGAAUGGGCGAUUUCCAUUGGAUGCGGUUUUUUUCUCGGGACACAAGUUUCCUGGUGGCGUUUCUUCUCCAGGUGCAUUUCCAGGCCAAAUAGGGCAUUUUUCUGAGAUUUUAGGCGUUCUUGUUGUGAAGAAAGCCAUUGGGCAAGUGUCCAAGCCGCAGAGAAUCGGCGGCGGAACUGUCUUUUUUGUAAGUUUUAAAAGUCUAUUUUAGUCAAAUACUGCCUUGAUCAAAGGGAUUUCGCGAAAAUGGAAAUAGUUGGCAGAGAAGGAAAAAAGAUAACUGAAUUUUGGAGAGUCAGAGAUAACUUUGAAUUUUGCGGAAAUAUAUUUGAACAUGACAUAAAGUUCCAUUCUUGUAGGAGUAUCUUCAAAAAGUAAAAAAAUAAUUAUUAGGAAUAAUUAUAAAUAAAUGAACAGAAAAUCACUUAAGUGAUGGUAGAGAAAAAGAUUUGAAUUUAGAAGAAAAUGAAUAAAUUCUAGUAAUUCCAAAAAUUCCAAAAAAUCGUUUUUUUCAUCAGAACUUUUUCAAGUUUUGUCUAAUGACGAUUGACUUAGCGGUUUUUGGUUUUUUAUUUCAAGAAAAUGCUUCUCAUCAUAGCCAUUCCCCAUGCGGUCAUGGGCUUUGAAUUUAGACUCAAUCGAUUAUAUCGAUCGGGAAUCAGAAACUUCGAAAAAAUAAUCCGUACCAUAAACUUUUAAAAUUUUCAUCAGGAUCAUGAAAAAAACAAUUGACUAGUGAGAAUAGAUACUAAAUAUUGAUUUUUUUUUGUGAAAGAAAGUUCAGAAAACUUUCACAAUACAAUCCAGGUGAGUCGAGCCGGAGAAUGGUACCUGAAAGAGGCUGAACAUCGAGAAGAAGGCGGUACUGCAGAUCCUGUCGGAGCUGUACGGCUAGCCAUGGCCGUGAAGUUGAAAAGGAGUGUUGGGGAGAGGAAUAUUGGCCGGUUUGAAGAGAACUUGUCGAGGUACAGUUAUCAGCGAAAAAAGUUUUGAAGAUUCCCUUUUUAGAGUUGUUUUCUUCUGAAAUUUAGUUUUCUAAUUUUUUUGGCACUAUUUUCAAAGUUAGAGAUCGUUCACAAAUGAGAGGGUAGUGGUUUUGCUUUCUCUGAACACUCUCGUUUAGCAGUGAACUCUAACUUUUAAAACUUGCAAGUAAACUUACUUUUAAAAUUGAGCAAAAAUAGUGUUUUUUGAAAAAAACAUUUAUGAUACUCUCUUCUUUUUAAUAAUUUCUGUGGAACUCCUUUUUUUCGAAACGAUCGAAAAAAACUCUAGUUUUUUGAUCUUCAAGUUUACUUUUAAAGUUUCUACGGAUCGACAAAUUCAGAAAAAAAGUUUAUUGAGAAAAAAUGAGUUGAAGUUUCAUUUCAGAAUAUUCUUGGGUGAGGUCUCAAAUUGUAAAGAGCUUGUCCUAUUAGGAGCCCCGGUUUUCGAAGAUCGCGUUCCCGUUUUUUUCCUUCGUUGUAAAGGUUAGUUUAAGUUUUUUUCUUCAAUAAUUAUUUCUUGCGAAGAUUUUUUUAAAAAAAUUCGUUGAACCUUUGAUAAAACUUGACGGGAGUAAACUUAAGAUUUUUUUCUGAGUCUAAAAAAAUAAGAAAAAAAAGUUUCGCAAUGUAAACUUUUUCAAAUUAUAGCGCUCCAAAGUCUAUAAUCUACAAUUUUUCCACAACUUCUCUUUUUUUAGAACACAGAAAGCCCUAAAGUACAGUUUAUCCAGUUUCCCUUGAAAGUACCUUUUAAAACUUUUCUUGAAGAAAGUUUUGAACAAAAUAAGUAUUUUAGGACCUCAAAUCUGGCCUUUUCUUCCAUCAUAACUACAUUUCUGCCCUUCUCAACGAUUUAUUCGGAAUUCAAACUCGAGCCGGUUGUAUGUGUGCUGGUCCGUAUGUUCAGCACCUCCUGGGAAUUGAUGAAAAGGUUGAUAUUUUCAGGAAAAAAAAAUAUUAUCAAAUUUUUCUUUGAAAAAAAGGAAAGUUCUCUGAAAAAGACGAUAAAAAAGUCAACCUGAAGCGUUUUCACUUCGAUGGGCCCGUCCAAUGAACCUUUACGCGAAAGUCGUCUAGUGUCGGGUGCACUUUUUGAACGAUAUUUUUCGUAAUUGAGCCGAAAAAAAUCGAUUCAAUGUGUUUCAAAUAUGCGACCAUCGGACUCAAUUUUGAGACCUUUUUUUAAUAUAAAAAAAUUCAGAUGUCAUCAGAAUACCUGGAAGCCCUUCGAGAAAUCCCCAAUCUCGACCGGACUCAUUUGAGAAGGACUCGCGAAUAUUCACAACACGAAUUUUUGAGGCCCGGAUUCACUAGAAUCUCUUUCCCCUAUUAUUUCACAGCUGAAAAGGUUUUUCGUGUCGAAACCCAUUUAUUUUUGUAUUUUUUCAAAGGUUCGACAAGUUGCCGAGUGUGUAAAGUUCGUCGCCGAACACGCCGCCGAUUUGAUUCAUCUGGUAGUUUUUCUCAAAAAUUCAAAGGAAAUUAAGGAAUCUUCAGUACCAAGUGAACUGUGAGAGUUCGGAGUGGCAUCACAAAAAUCAGCGGGUUUUUCAUGAUCGAAGGUAAUUUUUGAGCGAUUUUGAAUGGUUUGAGGCGCGGCGGUCCGGCGCGGUUUGAGUGAAAAGUUCAUCUGCUGCACUUUUUAAUGUCAACUGGCUAAAGUCGCUUUUAGUCGGGGGGAAGCUUAAGAGUAACCUGUAAAAUUUUUUGAUGCCGAAAGCCGCUUUUGGUCGGGUGAAGAAUUUGAGUAACCUGUAAAAAUGGCGGAAGUCGCUUUUGGUCGGCUGAAGCUUUGGAAUAGGCUGGAAAAAAUUUUUGAUGGCGGAAUUCGCUUUUGGCCUGGUGAAGCUUUUGAGUAACUUGAGAAAACUUUUCGACGGCGCAAGUCGCUUUUGGUCGGGUGAAGCUUUUUGAGUAACCUGUAGGAAGUUUUCAAUGGUGGAAGUCGCUUUAGGUCGGGUGAAGGUUCUUGAGAAUCCUGUAGAAACUUUACAAAGGCGGGAGUCGCUUUAUGGUCGGAGAAAGUUUUGGUGUAACCGCUUCGCUUUGAGCCAUUCUCCUUGCGACCAAACAAUAUUUUUAGUUUGAGCAAACUUAAAAGCUUGAUCCAUUGCUUAAUUAUGAACACUUUCACAAAUAUCUAUUGCAAAAUAACUACUAAUAACUUUUUUUCCAGAUGGCUUGGCCAUACUCGUUUCACCAAAGACGGAUUAAUAGUCAAGGUUAUUUUUCUACAUUUUUUGAGAAACUGAAAGACUUUUUUCUAGGAAGCUAAGAAACGGGAAAGGGCGCCUUCAAUGAAAGAAUUAUUGGAAGAAGCGGAAAUUUUGGCUGAAGAAUUUUUCGACUUUUUAAGGAUGUGGGAAAGGUGGGUUUGAAAAAUGGAAAAAGAUAAAAACUAACGGAUUUUUAUCAGAAAGAAAGGCAUGAAAUUUUUCAAAAUUUGUUUUUGAUUGGGAAUUUUUUGACUAAAAAAAUAAGGUUCUGGCUUCUGAUUUUUUGGAGGUCAAUAAAAGAUAUCAAUUACAUUUUUAGAUGUUGGUUGGUAAACAAGUACCAACGGAAACAGGAAUCCGAUUCAAAGUUUUUAAGGAUUUUUGAAACAUUUUUCCGUAUUGAUUAUAGAGUGUAUUAGAAAAAAAUGCGAGAUACCGUAAACCCAGACCUUUUUAUGCCCUUUCGCGUCGAAACCAUAACAUCGGGUCUCACAGCGAAAUUUUUCACGUUUAGACUUUUUUUAAUGUAAUAAGCGUGUCUGAAGUAAUUUAUAUUGAAGGUCAAAAUGAAUUUUAAAUAAUUGAAAUUUUAUUUCAAACCUAGAAAUUAUCUUGGUUCAGGCGUUUACUUGCGAAAUUUCAACGUGAAUUAGACAAAAUUUGAUACUUUUUCAUGUUCACAAGUUUUAUUCAUGUAGUUUCACUUCUAAAAAUUCGAAUUUUCCUACAAAAAAAAAGGAAUUUUUGUAGAUUCCCGACGGCAGAAUUGCUAUCGAACCAAAGUUUUCCCACCUCCGAUGGUUCAUUUUGCCGGUUGAAGUCGUGGAAAGAAGAGCUGGACAUUCAAUAAAAUAUCCUGAGCCUCCUUUUUGUCCCAAAAUCUACGAUUCACUGGAUAUUACUGAGAAAUUGAAAUUUUUACCUUCAUCUCCAGAAAUUGAACAUAUUACGGAAGACUUUGAAGGUAAAGCCUUAAUUUUAAUCGAAUAUCAACCACUUUUGUACAGAGAUACCCUCUGAGAAUCAGGAAAAUGGAGAAAAAGAGUUCACCUGUCCGUUGUCACUUGAAGAACAAACGAGGGGGCGGGGCAUCGAUGGAGACAUUGAGUGCGAUGAAAAGUUGAAACAGGAAGUCAAGGUAUAUGUUUUAUUCAAAAAGAAAAUUUCACGAAGAAAAAGAUUUUACCGCGUUUUUUUGACGACGCCCACUUUUUCUCCGUAAAGUGUCGUGUGUCGUGUGCAUGCACUGCGCCGCUCACGCGCAGAAAAUUGCGUUUAUGUAGAGAAAUUUCGAUUCGUCUUGAAGACCUCUGGCAAUACGGCGGCCUGCGCCUUUAUUUAUAUAAAGCCCAAAUCUCUGUCGUUCCCAUGACGUCACGUGGGAACGGUAAAUAUUUUGACUCCGCCCACCGUUUUUUUUUGGUUUCACAUUUUUUCCACUAAAAAAUUCGCCGUGAUUUCUGUUUCGUUUAUUGAAAAAGUACACUGAAAAUCCAGAAUUCUGAAGUUUUAAAAAACCCCAACAAAGAAGGUGAGGAGACUGGCUCAAGGAAAAACUUGAAGGUGAAUAAUUGAAAAUUACUCUGGAAAAAAAAGAACUUAAUCAGUUUUUCAUAGAUCUUAUAAUGGGUAGAAUAGCUUCUUGAUAUGCUUCUUAAAAGGAAAAAAAAAGUUUUUAUGUCGGAAGUUUGGGAAAAAAAGAUUAUAUAUAAUUUUUUUAAGACGGCAGAAGAUUGGGGACGACGAGUUGUGGUGAAGCCGGUCGCUUUGACGAGACAGGAAGAAAGCCAGUGAGCAUUUUUUUGAAAUUAUCUUGGGAUCAGACCUGCUUCUUACAAUGUUAAACAAGCUGUUGGGUUCAAAAAAAAAGAAACUUUUAAUUUUUUUUUUCUCGUUUUGAGUUCAAAUUAGGACUAAAAUGAGAUUUUUAAAAGCGCGAAAUUCAAUAUUUUCAAAGUGGGAAAGUUGACCUCAACAAGUCCCGAAAAAGUUAAAAUUAUCUAUUUUUCAAAAUUUCGUCUAAGCUCGAUAUGGUUUCUCGGUCCUUGUUUACGAAAACCUGAAGGUUCUGAACUCUCUAGGGACCACUUAAUAGUGCUGAAGCAAUUCAAAUGAUCAUUAAGGGUCAAUUUACGGAGUAAAUGUGAGAAUUUAGGCUUGAGUGGCAUGCCCCGCCCAUUGAUAUGUACAAAAAAGUGACAGAAGUCAUCCAUGAACUCAAAAUGAUCAAGGUUUGUUCCAAAGGUUCCGUUCCAAGAAAAAUAAUAAGCAGAACUAAUUUCACUUAAGAGGUUUCUUUUGAUUUUAUGACUUCAGGAAGGCGACCGCAUUUUGGUUUGUCUUUCCGGAGGCAAAGAUUCGCUUUCUCUACUUCAUAUCCUUCAUUUCUACCAGAUGCGGUGUAGGAAAAAUAGAAGGUUUAUCAAUAACCUUUCGAAGGAAAAUAAACUUUUACAGUACGAAAUUCGAUCUUGGAGCGAUUACGGUAGACCCCGGGUCUGCAGAGUACAAUCCGAGGCCAUUGAUUGAGUAUUGCAAAAAGCUGAAUAUCCAUUAUUUCUAUGAGGAACAAGGUUGGUUCACUUCCAAAAAAUUUUUUUCGAAUUUUGAAUUUCCAGCGUUAAAUCUUUGCACGAAAAAUCAUUUCUCCUUUUCAAACAGAUCUGAAAAACGAAUAUUGAGAAUGACAUCUUGAUGAAUAGAAUAGUCCACAAACGAAUAAAUAAAAAAAUAAUGAGGCAUUUUUCAGUUUUGUGGUCGCAUGAGGAAUGA